AUGACCCAAAUCCAGAUUACAGAGAAGGCUCAGCGCUAUCUAAACUUGUUGGACACGGCGAGAUGCAAUCAGAAUUGGCACGAAAUACCAGGUCUGGUCCGAAAGGUCGUUAAGCAUGCCCCUGGCAGGAAAUGUUUAAUUCAAACGGCCCAGGCAGAAGCUCAGAUCGUAGAGUACUGCAGGAAGCGAACCUCGCUAGGCAGCGCAGCGAACGAACAGAGUGCGAACAACCUCCGAGAAUGCAUACCGGGACUCCAGUCUGUGCUAGGAGAUGAACAGAACACUCCUGAAGAUUCUUUUCAGGCACAAGUCUGCUUAGCAUGGCUGUUCUGGGAAUUAUCCGAGCCAGAUGAAGUAGCAGCGAGUCUUCCCGAGGACUUUGAGGGCAGUGUACAGAAUUUAGCUGGCAGCGAGGAACAAUUGUCACCAUGGACAGAAGUGUGUAUAGUCCAAGGUGGCUAUUUGAAGGGAGCUGCUGAGGAGUUGUCUUCAGGAAAGGAGGAUGCACUGCAAACCUUCAAAUCAACAUUUUCGUGGGCUGCUACUCCUGCAUCUGCUAAUACAUCUAACCCUCAGCUUUUGUUCUGGUCGGAACAGUACUUGGCGAGGGUCUCGAUGUUGGCCUACGAACUGUUCAUAUCUCGAUCACCAGACUACGAUGAAAGCAGCCUCGAAUUUGCGCUACGGUCUCUUCGUCUUUGGGCCUCUCAUCCUGACGUAAAGGGCAGCGAUCCAGCGGUGGCCGCGGAUAUCACACCAACUAAUUCGAGUUCCAAGACGUCAUUAUGGCGAGCCUACUACGAUAUUCUCUCAAUAGUCUUACAACACGAACUCCCAUACCCACCCAUCUCAGACGGACCGAAGCGUGUACAACUCUCUGCCGAGUUUCGAAGGAUAGAGGCGACCUGUGAAAAUGUUCUUCUCAGACACUCCAAAUUUCCAAAGGCCAACGUGGUAAACCAAGAAGUUGAGCUAUGGGUGCAACAAGUCAUUCGCAAUUGGGAGGUUUUCUGUGGCGCCGAGUGGUGUGACGAUGACUUCGGAGAAGGAGGGCAGGGUGCAAUCUCCCGAAAUGUUUUGGACAUAUUAUACCGCGCCGCAACUAAAACAUUUCAUUCUACAUUAAUCCUGAGAGAACUAUUUCACGUACAUACAGCUUUAGCAGAGUUUGAGCUCGCACUUCAUGCCCUGGAUACCUAUGUCCAUCUAGUAAUGGACGCAAAGGAAAGAUCUGACCAUUCCCACAAUCAUCUGAGGGAUAUUGAAGAUGACCGGCUUUUUAUCUAUACCCUGGCCGAGGGGUUGAUCAUGCUUUGCUGCUUUGGAUCCCGGAAAGAGGCAGAGAAAGUAAAAGAGCUCACUGACAUACUAGAUGGUGUAUUGAGUGCACAAGUGCAACCAAAUGGACAUGGCCUAGCUGAAGCUAGCCAUCGAUCAGGAGAAACUAGGAUGCCCACACAAUGGAUCCCAUUUGCCUAUCGAGCCAUCGGUAUCGGGCUAGCUACAUGGGCUAGAUGGACUCCUAUCAGCGAAUCUAGGCCUGAACUUCAGGCAAACGCUAUAGAUGCCCUGGAGAAGGCUCUGGUAGCGGAAGCUGAACAUGAACCCAGCCCUGCCACGGCUUUCGCUCUCGCUCUUCUACGUGCAGAAACAAGAGACUUGGAUGGCGCCAUUGCCCUUGUUCGGGCAACGCUAAGCUCGUACAAUACUGAAGACGAUGAGGAUCAAACGGACACUCGCUCAGUCAUUAACUAUGGGGAGAGGGAUAUCGUGCCGCUAUGGCAUUUGCUGGCGCUCCUACUUAGCUCAAAAGAGGAUUUCAAAACCGCAGCUAAUGCCUGUGAUGUUGUAUUUGAGAUGAUGUCAACUGAAAAAUUACUCCAUAAGCAAAGUACCGUUCGACCCCUUCGAAACUCGAAUGGAAAGGAUGAAGCCACACAACCAAUAUCAUUUACGGGCGAAGGACAGCACUCUAGAUUCCCAGAUAUAGAAACCCGUGAGAGGGAGAGUAUGGUUGAGCUACGUAUGACGCAACUUGCGCUCAUGGAUGUUGUUCGCGGCCCAGAGGCUGCCCUCAACUAUAGUGAUGAACUGAUAGGAUUAUUCGGUCGACUCUUUGCUGGCAUUGGCCUAGCUGAAAUUGAAACCAAAAGCAAUGCGGACCAGCUAACUCCUCCCAAAACUGCCACUGGGACCGUUCGAACUGGACGAGGCAGUAUCUUUGGCUGGAGGAAACCCCAAAGACAACAGCAGCAAGACCAGGAAAGCGGUCUGGGCGGUGAAAUUGGCACUGCUACCUCAAUAGCACCAACUAUAUCUGAUAGAGACCCCGCUACACCAGCGCCAGCCAUCCAAAUUACAAAUGACGAUCAAGAAUUUGUUGCAGUACAGCCGCGUAGCAGAUCUCGCAAGGUCUCCGUUCUACGGAAAGAUGGCAAGCUGUCCCAGAAGAUACACCAUCUUGAAGAAAGUGUUACCAAGCCAACGCUUGAAAAAGGCUCGGUCCCUCUAAGCGAGCAGAAUAUCCAUGGAGCCGAUUCCGCAAGGCAGACCUUACCGGCUAUCCCUCAUAACAUGAAAUAUACAAAGGAGCCAGCUCCAGCUGGACACUUGAAUCAGCCACCUAUACAGGACGUUAGGAUGCCUACAACUCGUCAGUCAGGUUCACUCAACAAAGCAUUAACUAGGUUUCCAAGAAUCCAGGAGCAAAAGCAUUCUCUUAGCCUGCUUGUGAAAAUUUGGCUAUUCAUUGCCGACCUUUACCAGAAAGCCCUAUUGUUUGAAGACGCCGUGGAGGCUUGCAACGAAGCGUCAUUGCACGCUACUCGUAUAGAAAGUCUUGUUGCAACACAGGAGUCAUCUACAAGGGCUUUCGCUGACGAAGGAUGGGGUGGUACAAAGUCCUCUGAUGAAAUCUGGGCCGAUAUCUAUGCGGAGCGCGGUUACAUCACCCAAGCGCAGUCCAAACCGUACGAGGCCAUGAAACAUUUUGAAGACGCGCUUAUGCAUUACCCAGAUCACCCACGAGCAACGGUUGGAUUGGCUACACUGCUUCUUGAUAUACACGAACAAAUGUUGCCUGCAGAAGAACCAGCCCCUCCGCCAUUACCUGACAUGUCAAAUCUCUCCCUCCAAUCACCUUCAUACCCGGGGCAGCCAUCAAUUCUUCCAAAGGAAGUUGACGCUAACGAUGCAUCAACAACCACGUUACCCAACGAUACACCUGAGUCGCUUAACCGCCUUGCGGCUAGGGACCGGGCCUAUGGGCUUCUCUCUACCCUCACAAAGCUGGGAACAGCGUGGGAUAACUCAGAAGCAUGGUUUGCGUUGUCUAGGGCAUACGAGCAGGGAGGGCAGAUCGAAAAGGCAAAGGAGGUAUUGUGGUGGUGUAUUGACCUCGAGAAUGGCCGGCCAGUCCGACAUUGGUGGAACAUAGGGUCCGGCGGCUAUGUUCUUUGA